CGCUCCGCCCCCGGCUGCCCGGCAGUUCCGCGCGGGCGGAGCGGGGAGCGGCACCCGCGGCGGCGGCCCGGCAGCAUGGGCUGGAGCUGACAGCGCCCGCCCCGCACACGCCGAGCGCUGCCGGCGGGGGAGCGGCGGGAACGGGAAAAGUUGCCGCGUCCGCCCGGGGAAACUUUCUGCCGCCGAGGCGGGGUAGGCGGCGGCGGAGCCGAGCCGUCCGGUGCGGUGCGGUCCCUGCGUGGCGGCGGCGGGGCGCGCUGCUCUGCGCUGAGGCGGCGCGGGGGCCAUGCCCGCCGCCAGCCUGCUGCCGCUCUUCGGUAGCGCGGCGGGGCCGGGGGCGCUGGGCGGCCCCGCAGGCGGCGGCGCGGGCGGUGGGGGCAGGAAGGCGGCGGGCCCCGGCGCGUUCCGGCUGACGGAGAAGUUCGUGCUGCUGCUGGUGUUCAGCGCCUUCAUCACCCUUUGCUUCGGGGCCAUCUUCUUCCUGCCCGACUCCUCCAAGCUCCUCAGCGGCGUCUUCUUCCACUCGGCCGCCCUGCAGCCGCCGCCGCCGCCGCCCGGCGGGCAGCCCCGCGUCCCGCCGCAGCUCGGCGGCGGCUCGGCGGCGGGGGCGGUGGCGGCGGCCGCGGGCGGGGCGGGCAGCCUGGAGCGGAUCCGCGCGGACCACGAGCGGGCUCUCCGGGAGGCCAAGGAGACGCUGCAGAAGCUGCCCGAGGAGAUCCGCAGGGACAUCCGCCAGGACAAGGAGAAACUUCUGCAGGACGCCCGCGGCAGGAAAGAGGCGGGCGCCCCCGGGCUGCCCCAGCACCUCUUCCGCCAGCCCGUCGGAGCCGUGGGGCAGGAGCCCACCGACCCCACCGUCCGGCAGAGAAGGGACAAAAUCAAAGAGAUGAUGAAACAUGCCUGGGAUAAUUAUAAGCGUUACGCAUGGGGAUUAAAUGAACUGAAACCCAUAUCUAAGCAAGGACAUUCAAGCAAUUUAUUUGGUAACAUUCAGGGAGCAACAAUAGUGGAUGCCCUUGAUACACUGUACAUCAUGGAAAUGAAAGAGGAAUUCAAGGAGGCCAAGGAAUGGGUUGAAAAAAACUUAGAUUUCAAUGUGAAUGCUGAAAUUUCGGUAUUUGAAGUGAACAUUCGGUUUGUUGGUGGACUACUUUCAGCUUACUAUCUCUCAGGCGAAGAGGUUUUCCGAAAAAAGGCAGUGGAGCUUGGAGAGAAAUUGCUACCUGCUUUCAACACUCCCACAGGGAUACCUUGGGCGUUGCUUAAUAUCAAGAGUGGAAUCGGUCGAAAUUGGCCUUGGGCGUCUGGCGGCAGCAGCAUUUUGGCAGAAUUUGGGACUUUGCAUCUGGAGUUCGUACACUUGAGCCACCUUUCUGGAAACCCUGUCUUUGCUGAAAAGGUAAUGAAUAUUCGAAAAGUUCUAAAUCGACUGGAUAAACCAGAGGGCCUUUACCCCAACUAUCUGAAUCCCAGCAGUGGCCAGUGGGGCCAGCAUCAUGUCUCCAUUGGAGGGCUUGGAGAUAGCUUUUAUGAAUAUUUGCUCAAGGCGUGGCUGAUGUCGGACAAGACAGAUGAAGAAGGCAAGACAAUGUAUUAUGAUGCUGUCCAGGCCAUAGAGACCCACCUCAUUCGCAAAUCAAGCGGGGGGCUGAUGUACAUCGCUGAGUGGAAGGGCGGGCUGCUUGAACACAAGAUGGGACAUCUCACCUGUUUUGCUGGAGGCAUGUUUGCUCUCGGGGCAGACGGAGCACCGAACGACAAGACGGGCCACCACAUCGAGCUGGGCGCUGAGAUUGCCAGGACUUGCCACGAGUCCUACGAUCGUACGAGCAUGAAACUGGGACCAGAAGCCUUCAGAUUUGAUGGUGGUGUUGAGGCUAUCGCUACAAGACAAAAUGAAAAAUACUACAUCCUACGACCAGAAGUCAUAGAGACCUACAUGUACAUGUGGCGGCUCACUCAUGACCCGAAGUACAGGCAGUGGGGAUGGGAAGCUGUAGAGGCACUGGAAAAACACUGCAGAGUAGAUGGUGGCUAUUCUGGCAUUCGAGAUGUUUAUAACAAUCAUGAAAGCCAUGAUGAUGUGCAGCAAAGUUUCUUCCUUUCAGAGACACUCAAGUACUUGUAUUUGCUGUUUUCUGAAGAUGAUCUUCUUCCAUUCGAACACUGGGUCUUCAACACAGAGGCUCAUCCUCUCCCUGUUCUUCACAAAGACGAUGGGAAUAACGAAGACGAGCAGAAAUAGAUGAAAAUUAAGUUAUACUUUGUUUCAUUCCUUAUGUUUCGUUCCAGGACUUGGGCACAUGAUUUGGUUUUAAAUUCCUCCGUUAAAUUUUUAAAUCAAGUGUUUUGCAGUCUGUUUUCUUUAACAGUAGAUAUUUAUUAAUGGACCCCAACUGAUUAUGGUAAAACUUCAUUCCUCUUAUCCAGCUGAACCACUUCCUAGAAAAGAAGUAGGACAUCUCUCCAGGUUUUGUUAGGCUGCGGUAUCAUCUUGGCCAAAAGAGCAGAGGGUCUGCAUGUUACUUGUUUCCUGUUAUGCUUUUAAUUUGACUGCAAAAUUCUUUUCUCCUCUGUGAGGAGAUGUCUGCUUUAAGCUGUAAUAUUUUGCCAUGUUGCAAAAAGCCAUAUUGAAUUAAGUAUAAAAAGCUUUUUCUUUCUUUUUUUUUUUUGUUUUGUUCUAUGUUAAUUUGUUUUGUGUGUCAUCCAAGACAAAUCUUGUGACUGUGACAGCCUCUUCUUAUGCGGGUCUAUCAUUACUUGGUAAAGUAUCUGAUGUAUUUCAUUGUCAAUGAAGUCUACAUAGGAAUAUUUUCAUCUCAUGCAGACACGACUCUGAAACUGCAGUAUACAUUGAAGUUAUAUUAAACUAGUUUCUAUGAAUUUAGCACAUUAGUUAGCAGACCUUAGUUUUUCAGGUUUUGAUUAGAAUGUUGUAAUAGAGUAAAUUGUUUCCUCCCUUUCCUAAGUGGUGGUAUUCUAAUGUCUUUAGUCAGGCUACUAUGGAGUAAAAUAAGGUAGUCACUUCUUACUAAGAAAGGGAGUCUUACCUUCUUUAUAUAUUUAGUCCAGUCAUUUUCAUUUGGUUGGAUGGUAAAAAGACAAAACAAUACUCAAUGGCAUUUUCUGGAAGCUGAGAAUUAUACCAGAGACAAUUCAUUCGGUUUUCUGGGACUUUCUUAAAAAAUUUAGAUAGGUUCAGGCAUGACACCAGACUUGAUAGUUUAUUGUCACAAAGCGAUUUAAUGUAUCUACAUGAAUAAAAAUAGAUGUUCAGAUGCCUUGAAGAGAACUUCCUUGAAAGAGGAUAAUCAUUUAGAGAGGAAAUUAUUCAGCGGAGAACUAAAAGUUUCUGAAAGCACCGAGUCUUUUCCAAGUGGCAGAAACGCAGUGUGCUUAGAAAUAUUCCGCAGAUUAGAGGCCUGGUUUACUAAGCAGGGUAACAGCUUUGCCAAAAAUGUUUUACUUUGUGGCAUUGCCAAAGGACGAAAAAAAAAAGAGGCACGAUUAGGUCCUGCUUCUACUUAAGUGUAGUUUGGAGUGGUUUACAUGAUUUUUUAAGUCUACCUAUGUUUUCAUUUAGCGACAGGAUGACUUUCAUACAUUUUGAGUAGGGUGUAACAGCUGAUUUCCCAUUGCAAGAAUGCACAUUAUUCACUGAUUGGACUGCAGCAAAACAAAUACAGUUCUGAACAGUAAUCUUCUUUAAAGGUAUAUAGUAAGAUAGAGCACAUGUCCAGCACAGCUAAUCACAGCUGAGGAAGUACAUUUGUUUGUUUAGGCAUUGCAGAGAACAUUUUUUUCUACUGUGACAGAAGUCUGUGAUGUAGGUUCUCUUAGGCAGAAGCCAAGAGCAAAGAGAACAGAUCAUGUUAUUACAUAGAGCAGCUGGAGGCUGAUCCAUAGGCUUGACCCUCUGGAGUCUGUAAAGACAGUGCAGCCUUUGUGCAUCCCCUGCAGACACAGAAGAGGGAAUGUGCCACAUGAGCUGCAACAGACACUUACAUAGGGGAUGAGGCAAGAGCAUCUUCAGUGAUGCUGAUCCUUCCAUCACAGGCCUGGCAGGGUUGUGCAUUUGUACACAGAAUUUAACAGGGGGACCCUGCUGAGCCUGGGCAACCCUGGGUUAGGAGAAGGGAUGCAAAUGUGUGUGCAUCUGCCUCAGAUAAAGCUUUACUGCUUGAUUCUAUUUAUUAUUCUUUUCUUUUUAAAAGCAUGUAAUCCCUCAUGUCACAGUAACAGUUUUCUGGAACUGAACGAGCAAGGAUGAAGUCUUGGCUCUCCUCAGUUGCAAAACACAACUCCUGCUGCUUUUGAUACUCCAGAAUUUGUAUCUUUGGAGGAUUAUAACAUUCCAUUGUAUUUCUUUAAAAAACAGUAUUUAUAAAUGGAUCUUUUUUCUUUCCAACCCGAGUACCACCCAGAAAUGACAGUUGUGGAAUUAAAUAAAACAAACAAACAACAACCAAAAAAAACCACUCUUCCCUCUUUAACCAAAAAGUAAUAAACAAUAUUUUUGUCUUAUUUAUCCUUAUUGGAUCAUCUGUUGCUGCCUCCCACAUGGUUGUGCAUGUGCUGCAAUAGGCCUCUUAUCAGCUAAAUAACUACAACAGCCCAGACAAAAACAGAAGGGUGUUUUGCAAGCCUCUUUUGACAGGGUUUUCUGAACCACAGUACACUUCUCCCAUGUGUCUAGUGAUCCUGCAUUUACUUAACAAGCUGAAGGGAAACAGCAGAGAACCCCUUAGCUCUUCUCCAUGUUUCAAAAAGCAGGCUACAAACACAGAAUUCUCAUAUACAUCGGGUCCUAUCUACUUAAAUAUAAGCAUCAGGACUGUUUCCUUGUAAUACAGACAUUUAGUAUGAAUAUGUCUUUUUUUUUUUUUUUUUUAAAUUCAGGAGUUACAAUGAUUUGAAAGAGCACAAAUUUUAUGUGACUGGUAUUGGUAUUCAGGUUGUAUGUACAAACUGCACUAUACUGUACUUUUUGUAAACUAAUGUAAGUAGACAAGAAGAUUGUACAACAUGUAGAUCUGCCAACUGUAAGAAAAAAAACCUUUUCAUAAACUGAGAAUAUAUUGAUUUUUCUUCCUUUUUUUUUUUAAAUAACCCCAAAACACCAAAGUUAGAGCAAUCAUUUUCAAACAGUCAGUACUUACCACUACUUGUUAGAUUGCUGAGAUAACAUGCGCUUUAUUUCCCGAUCACUGAACUGGCUGCAUGAAUGUGGUCAGUGCUGGUCACUUUGCGUUCCCAAUCAUUCAUAAGAGCAAUUGAAAUUGCUGGGGGAGGGAUGAGAUGGGGGGGCAUUAUCUUUGUAUAAACACACUGCCUACAUUUUUCCCGUUUCUUUGUAGCUCAAUAAUGCAUUCAAAUCUGCAUAUGUUAAGUCCUAAGAGGUAGAUCACUUUAAAUAGCACCCACAUUGUUUGUGAGGUAAGUAUUGCAUACGUGUUGGUUGUACACAGAUCUUUGCAAUGCCCAAUGGCUCACUGUUUCUAUGGUGAUUUCAUCAUACUUACAUUUCUAUCAUGCAUUUCAAUUUUUUUUGAUUUGUACAUUAGUCUUUUCAUGUUUAUAUAAGCUGAAAUUAUGGAAUACAUAAUAGAUCAAGAUGCUUAAUUUUUAAGAACUUAUAUUUGUAAAAAUUUCUCUAUUGUGAAUAAAGUCUUUUAAUAUAUCUGUUCAA